AUGCGGCUGCUGCCAUGGUUUCUAAACCCCUGGCACGUCCGCGGCGGCGUUUCUGGGUUCGCUCUCCCUCGGCAGCGUGGCGCUUUGCUUGAGAAGUUCAGCAUCGCGCUAUGUCGCAAGAUUCCUGGCCUCGCGGGCCUGCUGGGCGUGCGAUUAGGCUCCUGGCCGAAGGAGGUUCCCGGUGCUCCCAUUGAGAUAAACAGAGUUAGUGAGGACCGUUCAAGUUUGACCUUCCUGGGACACCGAACGGUGUACAUCCAGACUGGUGGCGCUGCGUUUCUGACCGACCCAUUGUUUUCCCGUCGACUCUACUUUCCUAUCUUCGGCUUGCGGCGCGUGACAAAUCGGGUGAUCAAGUUCUGGAAGUGCCCUAUGCCGGACUUCGUGCUACUGUCGAACAAUGCAUACGGCUGCGUCGACUCGUUCAGCAUGCGGCGCCUGGGUGAUGCCGGCGCCGCAUUGGUGGUGGGUGGCAUGAACGUCUCACGAUACGUUAUGUUCUUCUUUCGUGGCUACACGUACCCUUUGCGUUGGUACGAGACCGUGAAUUUUGGGAGUGUCGACAUCACGUUCCUUCCCUCGUAUUCGAACAGUGGCCGGCGGUGGUACAACCGCGACCUCCUCCUCUGGGGCUCAUUUUUCAUCCGAUCUGCCACUCGUACGGUAUAUUAUGCGGGAAGAACUGCCUACGGGAGCCACUUUCGGGAGAUCCGGGAAUUCCUGGAUCGCCAGGGUCACUCCAUCGACGUGGCUAUUUUGCCGUUGGGUCCUGUGUUUCACCGGAGCCCGGAGCUGACGCCUGAAGAAGCAGUCACCGCCCACACGGAACUUGGUGCGCGUAAAACGCUUGUAGUGGCACACGACACCUUCCCACUCGGAGUAGAAGGUUACGGCGAGCUGCUGGAACGUCUCUACCGCAGUAUAGAUGAGGUGGACCCAUCUCUGCGGGAACAGUUCCUCGUUCUGCGUGAGGGCGAGGCGCUGGAUAUCACUGACCUGGAAGGCAUAUGCACAGAAGAUCGCAAUAGCGCGAAUUCCGCUCCAGAGAACAACGUAUCGCACCAGGAGAACUGA